AGUGUUUUCUAGCAAAAACACGGCAUUUUUACAAAACACGGGAAGACUCUCAUUUCCAUUUCUCCACCACCGCAUAUCACUCUCUCACAUAUCCUCUCCCUCACACCGAAAUCCACCACCUGUUUUGGGUGAAAUUGGGUCGGGUCCAUUGUUGGACAAUGUGUAGCAAAGGCAGACGAUGUCGACCCAUGUGGUCCGCCACUAUGGGUUGACUUGACGGCGUCGAAAUUUGAAGAAAUCAAACCGGGUCAAUUGGGAAUCGCGAACGACGAUUUUUCUGGUAUCGGGAUUCAAAUCUGCUGGUGAAUUUGAUACAGUGUGGGAGCGGUUUCUAGAAUUUCUGGAAUGGGGAUUCAAAUCUGCUAUUGAAACCUGGGGCUAACUCUGCUGAAUUAAUUCCUAAUCCAAUUACACCCAAGGUUCCUAUUAUAUACAAUGUGCAUCAUAAGAGGAUGAUAUUGCCAAUCGAAAUGGCACAGGAGCCUGUGCAUGUGAAUGCCAAGCAGUACCAUGGGAAUCUUUGUACAAGGCAAUCGCGUUCUAAAGUAGAGCUUGAAAAGAAAUUGAUAAAAGUUCAAAAGCCUUAUCUUCAUGAGUCUCGAUACCAGCAUGCUUCAAGGAAAGCAAGAGGUUCCGGAGGAUGUUUUGCAAAGACGUCUGAUGCAGACACCUCAAAGGAGACGCGUUCUGAUUCUGCCAUCUCAACACAGUCCUAUGCUUUAUCCAGUUCUAAGACCUUGCCCUCCGAAUCUAAUGAAAUGAAAGUGCUGAAGGCCGAAUUUUCUUGCAAUAAUGAUAUUAGCAGUGUUAGAAAGCAAAUUAACUUGUCAGACGAGAGAGAGGAAGGGUGCACUUCAAAUUAGCAGUGGAGAAAUAUUGUAUCGAACUGCUCACUUGCCAUGCAGUGAGUUUCUAUGGUUAGUGAAAGCUAUGAAAUCCUGGUUUCUUGAUUGAAUCUUGGCUUCCCUGAGGAGGACGGCAAUUCAUUCUUGGCUGUGUUUCUUUCAGCUUGCAGAGACGAGGGAAGAUAAAUUAACUUUCUUAUCUUGUUUAAAAGUUCAGUGUUCUUCCUUGUACAAAAUGCACAUAGGACUGGAUCAAACGAAGUUUUAGUAGGAAAAAGUGUUAUUUCUCUAGUUAGAUGUUAGAACUAUUUAAAGUUGGUUUUGGGAUUAGCAUCCCCCUCCCUCUCACUGUGUCACCCCUUUCUGGACUUGAAAAUGUGUGUGUCUUCAGAAGUCUUCAGCCUAAAGCAAUAAAUUAUGGCAACUAUAUUUGCUACUCAUUAUUGUAUAUUUUUCAUUACUUGUGUAGUGAUGGAAAUGAAAAAUAAUU